AUGGCUGCGCCGCUGCCCGCCGGGGCGCUCCCUCCGCCUCCUGCUCCUUCUCUUCCUCGAGCAGCGGACACAGGGAGCCCCGAUCGGCGGCGGCAGCACCGCGCCCGGCCUGGCCUCCCGGGGCAAGGGGCGGGACGGGGCGCAGGGUGCGGGAGGGUCCUCCCUGCCUUCUCCUGCUCGCCGCCGCCGAGUUACGCGGACAUCGAGAGAAACGACAGGGGCGGCCGCCGCCCCGCCGCAACUUCGGCGUCCCGGGGCAGGAUCCAGGAUCCAGCCACCGCCCCGCGCCGGUGGCGCCUCCCCCGUGCCACCGGGACCCUCCCGCUGGGCAGGGCCGCCGGGGGCUUCGCUCCCUCCCGCCCGCCCCUCCGAGCUCAGCGCCGGCCGCCGCGGCUCCCUGCUCGCUCCUUCUUCCUCCUCCCCCUGCGCCGGGAGGAGGGGAUCGGCAGCACGCCUGCCGUCCCUUCCUCGCCUUCCCUUCCGCGGGGAAGGGAGGGGCGGGGCGGGGGUCUUGCCCCGAGGCUGGGGCCGUGGCCCGGAGCCGGGUCCGCUUCCCUGCCGGCCAGCAAGGGAAGGCUUUGCCCUGGAAUUCAGGGCGGCGCGUCCCCCCCGAGCCCCCUUUCUCCCGGCGCCGAGCGGCGGUGCCGGCCCCGCCUGCCCCCGCCCGGCGCCGCCCCGAGCGCUGCGGCUCCCCCUCGAAAUUCCGCCGGAGCCCUUUCAAACAACAAGGGCUUGGAAGCAGGGAGGCAGGCAGGGAGGGACGGCCGGCCGGCCGACGCUUCCAGCGGGAUCCUGGGAGCUGUAGUCGGCACCCGAUUACUAAAUGGCAGGUUGUGGAAUGGGAUCGCGGCUUUGUUGUCUAGCUCUAGUGAUGUUUCACUGCAGAGAAAUAGUCCCCCUAGUGUGCCUUGGCUGAAGGGAGCCCGCUGAUGCUACAAUUCAUCUAGGUAUAAGUGUAUUAAAAAGUUACAAGCAGCGGUUGUAGCAUAUAGGAGCAUUCAAAGAAAUAACAGGAAAAAAUAAAGGCGAAAGGCUGAGGUGUUAAAA